GUCUAAGCCUUUCGGUUUUUCUUUGAUGCCAAAUUAAUGCUCGGCGCCAUGCAAGGCAAGAGGACGCUGCCUCAGGCAGGGCCACCGCCUGAGCUUGGGUUCUUUCACAAGCAAGCGGAGCUGCUGGAGCUGCUGCCGCUGGUGCACAAUCUGUGGGAGAUGUUCAACAUGUUCGACCCCGUCGAGCCUGCUGGCAUUCGAGUCGGCGAUGUGGGCUACUGCCUGGACGCCAUGGGACUGGCUCCGACCCAGUUUUGGCUGCAGGCCAACAUGCCGCAGAAGUUUCCCACGCGGCUGAGCUUCGAGAAUGUGCUGACGCUGUACUGCCAGCUGGCCACUGAGGAGUGCGGACCCAAGGCCCCGGACGUGCUGCGGGCCCUGCGGGUUUGGGACGUGAAGCAAAGCGGCAAGCUGCCGUACUCCGAGCUGCGCAAAAUGCUUACAACCAUUGGCGACCCCAUCGACGCGCAUCAUGUGUUUGGCGUGCUCGCGUCCGUCUCGGAUAUCAACGGCGAUGUCCACUACGAGGACCUCGUGGCGAACAUGCACGCACACGAUGAGGCUGCCGAGGAGACGCUGCGACAGGCGCGCGCCUAUCUACAGGCCAUGGGACGCAACGCCGUCGACAUGGACAUGGUUAAGCGGGACGAGUUCAUCGACGAUUUGCGCGAGGCCGAUCCCGAAUGUAGGGGCUACAUCGCGAACAGCAAGUUGCUGGAGCUGCUCAAUCGCAAUGGGACCGAAUUCACGGCGCGGGAGCUGGACAUCAUCACCGGCAGCAUGAAAUCCAAUUCGAGAACCGACAAGGGCAUCGAUUAUCGCAAAUUUAUGCACUACAUCAUGGACACAUAGUUUUAAA